ACAGUCGCCCAAAACAUUACCGCAUCUGCAUCUCUCUCUCUCUCUCUCUCUCUCUCUCUCUCUCCAAUUUCCCCAAACCCUAAUUUCUGAAAUUUCCCCAAAUUGACAUUCUCGUAUCGCUGCGUGUAAUUCUUCUCGAAAUCUGGAAUUGGAGAAUGGAGCAGAACAAGGGCAACAAGAUGUACAACCUGUUCGUGAAGCACUUGGACGGGAAAACCCUAACCCUAACAUUCCCCUCUCCGAUCCUACACGCGAAUUCCAUUAAGGAUCGCCUCUUCGAACUCACCGGAAUCCCCAUCCAACAUCAGCGCCUCGUCACCGGUUGCCGCCACCUCAACGACGAGAAAUCGGUGAUCCAGUGUUCGCCGGAGGACGGCAACAUCUUCCCGUCGGUUCGGCUGCUGUUGCGGUUGAAAGGAGGGAAAGGAGGGUUCGGGUCGCUGUUGCGCGGGGCGGCGACGAAGGCGGGGCAGAAGAAGACGAACAAUUUCGACGCGUGCAGAGAUAUGAGUGGACGGAGACUGAGGCACGUGAACGCGGAGAAGAGGUUGGAGGAGUGGAAGGCUGGGGAAGAGGAGAGAAGGCUGGAGAAGGUGGCAGAAGAUUUUCUGAAGAAGCAGAUGAAGAAGGGUAAGAAGGGCGUUGGUGAUGGCGAGGCUCACAAAUACGUUGCUAAAUACAGGGAAGAAUCUGAACGUUGUGUUGCUGAGGUUGCCUUGUCCGUUAAGGAGGCUCUCAGUUGUAAGCGUAAGAGCCCUUCACAAUCUUCUUUACCCCAUGAUGCCAAGAAGUUUAAGAUUUGGAUGGGGAAGAGGAAACUGAAUGAAAGUGAUAGUGAUUAUUCCGACGAUGAUGAUGACGGGGAAACUGAAAAGUCAGUUCUGUUAAGUGGCCAGAAUGAGUCGGAGUCAAAUAAGGCUGAAGGCAGUUUGGGCUCGGUGACUGGUGGGAAACGAGAUGGAGACUCUUCUGGUGCUGGCUCGUGUGAAAGUGGGUCUGAAGAAGAGAAGGAAACUGUUGGAUUGCAGAGCAGUGAAAGUGUUGUGGCCGAACCUGUGAUAAAUGAUGAGAUAAUGGAGGCUACUGCUCUGCCUUGUUUGGAGUCAGUGCUUUCUGGAAUUAAUGCUGAAGAUAAUGGAAAUCAGGAUUGCGAUGGAGGUGUGGCUGACAAGUUUGUUGGUGCUGUCAGUCAAGCCUCAAAUGUUACAAUCUCUGAAACUGUGGUUGAUGCAAGCAAAUCUAAUGAUAUGGAAAUUGAUGGAUCUCUUGAGCAUAAAGCAGCAGUCCAUGAAGAAAGCUCUCCAAGCACUAGCAUUCCUGCAUUGGAGGAGCCUCUGAAUUUUGAUGCUUUUAAUUCAGCUGCAGAACUUGAGGUUCUAGGCUUGGAAACGUUGAAGUCUGAACUGCAGUCACGUGGGUUAAAAUGUGGAGGCACCUUGCAGGAGCGUGCUGCCAGGCUUUUUCUUUUAAAAUCGACUCCCCUGAAUAAACUUCCAAAGAAGCUGCUUGCAAAGAAAUGAAAAGUACUUUGAGAUACAUCUAUCUCUGAAGCAGUUCCUUCUCUGUACAGUACUUAAUAACUAUUUGUACGUUUUUGUUUAGGAGUCAGUUGUAUCCUCUGGCUUGGGAACUGACUAAUGCACGUCUUUUUUGUUCGUUUGUGUUCAUCGUGGGAUGUAUUUGAUGUAAUAAUUCCAUAACCAGCAGCCAAAGGAAGUUAAACAGUGUAUAACCCAAAGCAUUAUACAUUAUGAGCAAUUCCAAUUUUCGUCUUGUUAGAUUAGGAAAUGAGCAGCAGUUAGUAUUGCUGUUCUUAUUUUAUUUUAUUCAAUUAUUACAACCCACGUUAAAAUAAAUUCACAAUAAACACAUUUAAGUCAUACAAAUAAUGAUACAUAUUCCUAAGCCUUGGAGUGUGAUUUACAAACGAGAGCAGCUAGAAUUCUCGUACAGCGCUUAAUGGGUAAAUUCAUAAUCAAUCAAGGGUCACACUACUGGACACAACUGGAACAGUAGAAGAAGGAGAUGGAGAGUUGCGGCAAAGGGGGCAUGUAGUGUUCAUCCGAAGCCAUUCAUCUAUGCAAUCUGCAUGGAAGCAGUGUGCACAUUCUGGAAUGCAUCUGAUUGUGUCUUUUGUUUUAUACUCUGACAGGCAUAUCGUGCAACAUCCAUCGUUGAGUCCUGGCAGUCUUCGGCUCUCCCCUAAUACUAACUUCUGGUAAGACUCAAUUGUAAACUCAUCAAGCCCCAUCCGGGUAAUGGCAGGUAUUUCAGUUGCUGCUGACCUCUGUGCUGCAGCAAUUCUGGGGCUAAUGCCUCUGUUGUACUUUAAGCACGCGAAGCAUGUCAUCCCAAUAGCACAGAUGAUAGCUGGUCCAGCAAUGGAUAAUGUGAUGAUUCCAAAAACUCGAAGACCGUGUUGUGAACGACCUGAAAAUUGAAGACUAUUAAAUAGAGUAAAUUCAACAGCAAGUUGACCUACAUUUAAAUU